UAUCGAAUAAACUUAAACUGCCCGGCCACUGUUGUCUGCCCAAUAGGAUUGAAAAAUCUUGGAAAAAUCUCCUGCCUGCCAUGCGGAGUGUUUCUUUUUCGUAGGAUUUUUUCUAGGAUUAUAUGGUUAAUAGUUUAAGGCAUGUAUAAAAACUAGGGAUUUCGGAAAAUGGAGAAAACGGAGAAGAAACCAUACCGAUGCCAGCAUGUUGGCUGCAAUUCUUCAUUCAACAGGCCUUAUAGACUGGCACAACAUCUUCUUAUUCACAACAAUCUAAAAGCUUUCAAAUGUGAUCAAUGUUUGAAAUCAUAUACAAAUAAAAGUCAUUUAAACAGACAUGUACAGAGUGUCCACCAACAUUCUGAAAGAGAUGUGUUGUAUAGCUGCCCAACUUGUCUAAAAUCAUAUGCGAACCGACAAAACCUUAAGAGACAUAUAAAAACAAAACAUACUAUAAAAGAAACAUUUGUGUGUGAUAUUUGUACAAAAGACUUUAAAAAGAAAUAUCAAUUAAAAUCUCACAUGUUCCAGCACACAGGUAUCAAAGCAUUCAGCUGUGAAAUAUGCAUACAAGACUUUAAGAGUCUGUAUGAGAAAAGAAGGCACAUGAAAAAUCACAAAACUUACACUUGCAAUUUUUGUGAAACCCAAUUUGAUAGGUGGUCCAAAUACAUAAAACAUAGAAAAUCUGACCAUGAGCAAAAAGAAUUUAUUUGUGAUAAUUGUGGCAGAAGUUUUAAACAAAGAAUGCAUCUUGUGAGGCAUAUUAAGCGGCACACACAGUUACAAAGUGUUGGGAAGAAGUUUCCUUGUCCUUAUGAAAAUUGUCAAAGGGUUUAUUCAAGGAACAGUAAUUUGAAUCAGCACAUUUUAAUAAAACAUGUAAAAAUGUUACAUGAAUGUUCAGUAUGCAAAUCUCAAUUAAGUACAAAGGCAAAACUGGUGUCACAUAUGAAACGCCAUGAAUCUCCAGAGUCCAAACCACGUCAAGCCAAAACUAAAACCACAGGUCGAAAAUUAAGAAAAGACGUAGGAGUCCCAAAAAUAAAUAUGGCUAUCAAAUUGACUGGUUAUAAUGAGGCUGAGGAAACCAACUGUGUUGGUGGAUUGAUGGAAAUUAGCUUGUAACUUUUCAUUAUUAAAUAUAACAUAGGACAACCUUCAAAAUGCAACUAAGAAGUAGCCAAAUACAAAGCAAGAAUUUAUGGUUUUCUUCAUAUGAGCUGUGAACUAAGAAAACAUGAAUGAUGGCCAUAUUACCUUAAUUUGCUUCUUUGUGUCGAAAGUCACUAGCAGUAUUAGAUUUUAUACUCGUAGCAGAUAUUUAUGAUUGUGUUUACAAACCUAUCUGUAAUUAUUGUGAUUGCAUUAGGUUUCAUAUUUUUACUUUUAAGGGUUAAUGUGCAGUGCACUUUAGGAUUUAUAGGAGUGGAUUUACAAUGACAAAAAACCAUUUUUUAAACUUUUUGUAGUAAAAUAACUAGGUACCUACAUAAAUGUUUUUGUACUAGUUGUAAGUUUCAUGGAAUUUUUUUAUCUAAAAUAUCUUUGCUGUGUGAAAUUGUUGAAGCAUUCCUAUGUCUCUCUGUAAAUAAUGUGCCUGCAGUUUUGUACUUUAUGAUAAUAAAAUACUACGAUUUUGUCGAA